GGUGGGUUCAGAUCUGAUCGGUUGAACUUUAACCAAAUCGUUGAAGUUCGUAUUAACCGCCGCUAAAUUCAUCUUAACCCGCGCGGUGAAAUUCAUCUUAACCCGAGGCGGUGAAAUAAUCACUGAAAUUCAUCUCGCCGAUGUGGGUUCAGAUCUGAUCGAUUGAACUUGAUCGAAACUUCGGUGGAAGUUCGUGUUAACCCGCGCGGUGAAAUUAAUUUUAACCCCUGCGGUGAAAUUCUUCCGGCGGAUCGGUUCAACUGCUGCACGACGGACGAUUCAAUCACUCUGACGAUCGGUUCAUAUCCGAUCGCUGCAAUCAAUCCGACGGCUGAGAUCCGAUCGGUGAAGUAUUUCUUUCUCACGGGUAGAAAUGCGGCAAUUAGCGGAAAGCGAAUGGUUGGCAUCCGAUUGGGCUUGAAUCCGACGACGGCUGAAAUGCGAUCGAUGACAACAUUAAGUGUGAAAAUGUGAUCAGUUGAAAUCUGAUGGCUGAGAUCCGAGGGCUGAAGUCGGACCGCUGAGACCCGACGGCUGAAAAUCUGACGAUUCUGAGUCAUCACCGUGGUAGGGCAAGGAAGGGAAGACAAUGCAGCAAUCAAUUGUUCAGCUUGGCGAUGCUGGCACUCCGUGACGUGCGAGAGUGAAGCGGCUGCAGUGUGACACGUGUCAGCACUCCGUACCACAGGCCUGUACUGGAUCUUCGCGACGCUGCAGCACAACCUCGAUUCAAAUUCCAUCUCUUCCUGCUCGUAAAUCUUCGAUUGGAUUUCCCAAUCCAAUUGGCACCUCGCUGCGCACGUCAACAGUUAACUAAUCGAGGAAACAAAACCUCUGCUUCUUUCUCUCGGCUUCUGUCUGUGUGUGUGUGUGUGUGUGUGUGUGUGUGUGUGGGGGGGUGGGUGGGUGGGCGUGCAUGUGUACGCACGCGCGAGCGCGCUGCUAUCUAUCCGCGGGGGUCUUUGCGCGCAAACGCGCUGCUAUCUAUCCGAGGGGGUCUGCGCGCGCGCGCGCGCGCGCGCGCGCGAGAGAGAGAGAGAGAGAGAGAGAGAGAGCAUGGCUAUCUAUCCGCGCGGGUGUGUGCGAGAGAAAGAACCUCGCGGCGCGCGCGCGCGGGUGUGUGUGAGAGAGAGAGGGAGGGAGGGAGAGAGAGAGAGAGAGAGAGAGAGAGAGAGAGAGAGAGAGAGAGAGAGAGAGAGAGUCGGAAAUGGAAGGAAGCUGGCAGAUCAUUCAGCAGUGAUGAUGCGCCUGCGUCUCUAUCGGACUCCGCGACGAGCACGUGGCACCGACCUUCGUGAUCCACAUGGUGAUUCCACGUGGCACUGGCCACGUGAAGAGGCCGACUUGCGCAGGGAAAUGAUGAAGCAGAUGGGGACGGUCCUGAUCGGCAGGGAAAUGAUGCAGAAGACGUGGGGAUAACGCAUCUUGCAGAUCACCAUAGAAUCGCUGCCAAGUGCUGCUGGGACUCGAACUUCAUGCCCGCUUCUUGUCCUACCGUCUUCCCCCGAAUAAAACACACUCUCUCUAUCAUCGCUUCAUCUAGACAGUCACUUCGAAAUAGUAAAUACAACACUUUUACUAUAGCGACCGUUAGAGAGCAUUCAACCUAUGAAGUGAAGAAAGACGGUAGCACAAAAAUCGUGCUGGGAGUAGCAAGGAGAAGGGGGGACACUCACACAAGACGACCUGUCCGACGCAACUCUGGACGCAAUGACGGCCGGAUACACGCAAGACGGGCCGGAUGCUGCUGCUACCUCUAUCCCUCUCCUGCAGCUGCAGUCUCAGCUGCUGCUGCCCCUGCUGCCCCUGCUGCUGCUGCUGCUGCUGCUGCUUGUCUUCCCGCUGCGGGUGUUUGCGGCCGUUGUAGGCCACUACAAACGAGCCGCUACUCCUGUCUGCCCGUUGGCCUGGCCUGGCGCUCCUGCCUGCAGAGUCUGCAGGUCAGGGCUCAUGCCUGCUGUUGAUGUUGACGUCAACUUGCAGGGCUUGGACAAGCAUGAAGCGAACUCGGAAUCGGGUAGCAAUUCGAAAGUCGAGCGGGCGGAAGAGGGAGAGGUGGGACAGGUGAGACAGGUGGAAGAGAUAUCGGAGGGAGGUGGGCGACGUGGGAAAGAGGUGGGAGAGAGGUGAGAGAGAGGCGGGAAAGAGGUGGGAGAGAGGUGGGAGAGAGGUGGGAAAGAGGUGGGAGAUCUAUCCAGGAAGAGGUGGGAGCUUCUCUCUCAUACGGCCGACGUCGGUUAGCCAACCAACCAAUCAAUCAACCAAUCAUUCAAUCAAUCAUUCAAUCAAUCAGUCAAUCACUCAAUCAUUGACAAUCAAUCUAGCUGUUAAAACGUCGUUAGAUUGAUUAAUGUUUGAGGAUAAGGAUAACUAGUACGGAAGACGCAAUCGCGUUGUCGUCAACUAUAUAUAUACAUAUAUAUAGGUGGAACUCGCUCGAGCAGGAGAAGCUGACUUUCCAGCAGCUGUUAAGAACUUAAGAACGACAAAAAAAAUUUAUAGUCGAUCUCAAUCAUGAUAAAAGCAGUCCGUCUUCGACCGUUUCAGAUUGUCAAGUGGAUUGCUCUCAAUCCGUUUGCCUCCGCCAGGGACUGUAAAGUGGAUUGCUCUCAAUCCGUUUGCCUCCGUCAGGGACUGUAAAGUGGAUUGCUCUCAAUCCGUUUGCCGCCGUCAGGGACAGUCACUGGCUUGCUCGCUGCUCUUAGCGUAGUUAGUGCGCGCCACCCUUGAUGACGACAACUCAAAUUCAACAGAUGCAUCACCAGACUCCAGUUGCUCUUCCUUCUCCCCAAAUUUGCUCCUCUGUGCGCAUCUAUAGAAGAGAGAGAGCGAGCGAGAGAGAGAGAGAGAGAGAGAGAGAGAGAGAGAGAGAGAGAGAGAGCUGUCUCUUAUACACAUCUAGAUGUGUAUAAGAGACAGGAGAGAGAGAGAGAGAGAGAGAGAGAGAGAGAGAUCAGCUAUGAUGCCUAUAUAUAGCCACACAAGGCACGCGCGCCAACAAUUUUGCUACACCGGCAUUUCCUGCUUCUACGAGUACAGCACAGAGUUUUCCACUUCCGUUUCCAUCUCCUUCUCUUCCUCCUCCUCUUCCUCCUCCUCCUUCUCCUCCUCCUCCUCCUACUUCUCUUCGUCCUCCUCUUUCUUGUUGUUCUUGGUCAUCUUCCUGCGGUGAGAUUGACCUUUGGCGCGUCGUUUAAGGCCGAGGAACGCAGGGCCUAUCAAUGCCCAGCAUAGCAGUAGAGCUAUUUAUAGCACUUGGCUAGACCCCUGUCUAUAGCAUGGUUCUAUGCACCACCAUAGCUCCUGGCUAUAGUGCCUAUUGCCAAGCUGUGAGCAGCGACAGCAAAAAGACGAACCGCGCUGCUAUAGGCCCCCUUCUCCCUACGGUCUCUAUAGUCCAUACCUCUCCUUGUUUCUAUACCCUAUACUGGCUAUACCCUCUAGCCUCUAGCCUAUAGCCGAUAACCAGCUAUAGCACAAAGCUAACCACACCUGGCUAUAGCUUCGAAACGUCAGUCUGAGACUCUGAACACUCCAUGAACCUCCCUCCCCUACAACGCACCAUCGCUCUUCCUUAACCAUAUUAACAAAACCCACCCACCCACCCACACACACACACACACACACACAAAGUGAGGGUUUGAGCUACUCUACACAGACAGCCAAAUUGAGAACGGGCUUCCUUGUUUAUGACUUGGGAACCAAUCCUAACGAUAUCUACACUCUCAGGUCCUUUCAUCUCGUGCGAUUUCCACAGCCAGCGAAGUACACGCUCGCUGACUCACGUGAGUCACGUCUAAAACUGCUCUCCUACUGUCGGAAUUGUUCCUUCUCCCGCUUCAACGACUACGACCUCCUCCUCCUCUCUCCCAGACUCCCACCCCACCUCGUUUAUGAGUCGGGAACCAUAUCUACACUCCGCGUCCUGUCGUCUCUCUCGGUAUCCAAGGCCACCAAAGUACACACUCUCUCACUCACCUAAAACUCCCCAGCUAGUGUCUGACUUCCUUCUGUCUCCUGAACUACUACCACAACCACCUCCUCCUCCCUUCCCCACUCUAUUCCUUAUCCCCGGUUUCCAACUGAUAAAGCACAGCUUCAUAA